CCAUUCUCCAGAACCAGCCACAGCUCUUCUACAAGAUUCAACAUCAUCCACGGCUCUUAUACAAACUUCAACACCACCCACUCAUGGCAUACCUGGUGAAGCAAUGCCCCAUCAAGAAUGCUUAGCUAUCAUGAUCCCUCCAUAUGAACCAAGCACUAGAGUUAGAAGAAGGUGGGAAAUUCGUAGAUAUAUAGUUCUUGGUGGUUUAAUGGAAUCAAUUACAAGUUUAGCUAUUGUAACUGCAGCAAUGACUGCAAAGAUUUCUGAUGGAAAUAUAGUAGCUUUGGCAUUGACAAAUUUGCUAGCUGGACUCUUUGUUAUUAGACAUGAUGUAUCAAGAUUGCAGAAGAAGAGAAAAAUACCUAGAAUUGAAGUGGACGGGAAUAACUACAAAGAAGUAUUGAAGGAAAAAAUGUAUCGUCUUCUCUGUUUUAUCAUCGCCUACUUAUCUUUCUUGUUUUUUGGGUUAGUGCCACCACUGGUUUAUGCACUCUCAUCCCUCAAGAUUAGAAACAAAAACCUCAAAAUCAUUGUGGCUGCAGGAGCUUCCCUUUCAUGCACUGCACUUCUUGCUGUCCAGAAAGCUCACAUUAAUCAAAAGCCAAGAAAUAGGCUAGUUUAUGUCAAAACUGCAGCCGUAGAUGUUUCAGUGAGAGUUGGGGCCUUUGGCAUAUCAUAUCUAGUAGGUUACAUGUUUGGCACCUUGCAGAGGAACUUCUGUGGGACUUGUGAAACUCAGCACACCCACUUCAUCAUUUUGCUUUGGUUUCUGCAGAAUAUGGUUAUACAUAAGUCUUUGACCAACUUCUAUGCUGGUUCAGUAGUUAAAGAAAUGGGAUAUCUUAACUGGAAUUGCUAUGUUAUUUAACACCCAGUUCUGCACCUUUAUUCAAUGAUGCAAUUCUUUAUCGCCAGCUUGUCGGUUUACUUCAAUAUCUCACAUUUACCCGACUCGACAUUGCCUUUGUAAUCAAUAGAGUAGGUCAAUUCAUGAUCAUCCCACAAUUCUUCUUUUUUUCUUUUCUUUGUGGAUCAAGCAACCUGGUAUUAUGUUUAGUUGAGAAGAUUUGUCUCUCACAACCCUUUUGUAACUCUGUCAGGUUGGUGAUACAUCUGAAUUGUCGUUCUACAUAUGGUUUUAUUGCUUUUCUUGGCUCCAGUCUAUAUCCUGGUUUGCCAACAACCAACACACCAUUUCCUGCUCAUCCACACUCUGCCGAAAUAUCGCUUGUUGGUACUGUAACUGCUGAUCUCUUUUGGUUGCGGCAGUUCCAUUGUGAUUUUCUUGUUCCUUUGACAGCCUCCUCCCCCGCUAUGGUGUGACAAUGUCAAUUUUACUUGCAAAAAAACCAGUGUUACUGCCAUUUAUAUCUUCCAUUUUGAUCGUGACAAGGUUGUUCACAAGAACAUUUUUGUUCACUUUAUAUCUUCCAAAGAUCAAUUUGUUGAUUUUCUCGCCAAGCUGUUGUCAUCCAAAUCUUCUUGUCUUCUCGGGACAAACUUCUGACCUCUACCCAGUCUUCAGUUUGAGGAGGCAUGUUAUGAAGUGUUCUACAUAUUAUCCGUGGUCAUAUUUUAUGCCUUAAAUUGUAAAUAAUGUUGUUGUAAUCUUGCCAAAUAAAUGCUUUUACCUUAUUUGCUUGUUCUCUCAAUGUACAUAAAGGGGUCAGCACCAAUAUAAAAUUCAUGAAGGAAAAUGCAUUCAAUAUUGUCUA